GGAGGGCCCCAGCCCUGUAGGCACCCAGAGGAGAUGGAGCCAGGCUCGCAGAUGGCAUCGGGGGCGUUAAGGGCUCGGGGGGGCUGCCUGAGACCCCUGUGCAGGGAUUUUGCCCGCGGAUCCUGCCGGCGGGGCCGGAGCUGCCGCUUCUCCCACGACAGAAAGUCGGCCCCGGUGUGCCGCUACUUCCAGAGCGGGGCCUGCGGCUACGGCGAGCGCUGCAGCUACCAGCACGUCCGGGAGGAGCCGGUGCCGGCCAGGAGCCGCCACAGCCCUGUGCCCAGCGUGGCCCCCGGCCGCCGGGGCUGGAGGGGAGCCUGGCGCACCUCGGUCCCCGCUGUCCCCAGAGCGACGCGGGCGGCCUUCGGGCUCCCAAACGUGGAGGUUGAGGAGGAAGAGGAUGAUAAAGAGAACGUCCCAGCGCUGAACAACCCCCCGGGGCCAGCUGUCCGUGAGGAAUUCAUCCCCGCAGGAGCUCGGAGAGCUGCAGCUCUCCUGCCCGCAGGCUCCCACCCGCGAGGGCUGGGACUGGAUCCAAACUCCCCUGACCCCAGAGAGGCGGCGGCGGAGACGACGACGUGGGCUGAGUGCUCGGAGGUCCCCGCGGAGCAGGGCGCUGUGGCAGCCCCGGUCCCUGCUGCGGCGCUGAGGGCGCGCAGCGAGGCCGUGGUGUGCGGGAUCUGCAUGGAGCGGGUGUACGAGAAGGCGCUGCCGGAGGAGCGGCUCUUCGGGAUCCUCCCGAACUGCGGCCACGCGUUCUGCCUGGGCUGCAUCCGCACGUGGCGCCGCAGCCGGGACUUCCAGAGCACGGUCAUCAAGGCCUGCCCGGAGUGCCGGGUCACCUCCAGCUACUACAUCCCCCACAAGUACUGGGUCUCGGAUGCGGGCGAGAAGGAGCAGCUCAUCGAAAGCUUCAAGGCGCGGACGGGGAAAAUCAGGUGCAAGUUCUUCAUCCAGAACCGCGGCCGCUGCCCGUUUGGGUCGGACUGCAUCUACCUGCACGAGCUGCCCGGCGGCCGGCCACCACGGCGCAGUCUGCAGCGGCCGAGAAUGAGAGCUGAGCUCAACCCCUCUCCCUCGGAGAGCUCGGACGAGGAGGAGGAUGACUUCUGCCUGCUCGAGUGGGCUGUCACCAGGGCCUUGCUGGAGGUGGACUUUCUGUACUCGAGCUACGGCCAUGAGAUGCUCCUCGGGGACUCCAGCGACUCGGACUAAGCCGUGGGACCCCCUUGGGACCCCCCCACUGAGCCCGGGGUGCUCUUGGCAGCAGGGACCUGCCCUCUGGGAGGGGAGACAUCAGCUUUUAACGCGUUUAGCUGCUCCUGGCUUCGGUUUGGGGUGGCUGUAGGCAUGGAGGGCGCCGCAGGGCGGGAUGGGGCAAAUGCUCUGGCUGAAGCCCCGGGAAGCUGGGGGUGAUGGAGCCGCAGGGGUUUUGGGGCACGCAGCCCCCUCCCUGUACCUCCUUGGCAGGUUAGUGCCCCUGGGAUGGGGGCAGUGGGGUUUUUAAUGCACAGGCUGCGGGGGGAGGGCACCGUUUUUAAACUGCUUUUAGCCAAACUUUUGGAAAUCGUGCAAUAAAAACGUGCUG